AUGAGCGAGGAUACUUACAAGGAAUACAAGUCGAAAUUCAGAAUCGAACCGACAAGUGCUAAACUCCGAACAUACAUGGGAGAUCAGAUUCCUGUAAUAGGACGUACAAUCGUCAAUGUCAACUACAAGAAGGAAAGUGCAAAAUUACCAUUACUGAUAGUGAAGCGUAAAGGUCCGAAUUUACUAGGCCGAGACUGGUUGAACAAACUCCAACUGGAUUGGAAUGAUAUUUUCUCUGUCGUUGGAAGUGAUAAUCAAUCGAGGGAUUUAAAUGUGAUCUUAGAAGCAAAUAAGGAGGUUUUCAAAGAUGAACUUGGAACUGUAAAAGGCAUGAAAGCAAAAAUUGAUGUCGAUGAGAGUGCCGUUCCGAAAUAUUUCAAGGCUCGCCCUUUGUCGUAUGCGUUGAAGGAUAAAGUGGAGAUGGAACUUGAACGUCUUGAGAAGGAGGGUCAGAUUCAGCAAGUGGAAUUUUCCGACUGGGCCGCUCCGAUAGUACCUGUAGUUAAGGAGAACGGAUCUAUUAGAAUUUGUGGUGACUACAAGGUAACCGUUAAUGCCGUUUCAAAGUUAGACAACUAUCCGAUACCUAAAACUGAGGAUUUGUACGCAACGCUUGGAGGAGGACAAGAAUAUACAAAAUUGGAUUUAAAUCAAGCAUAUCAACAAAUUGAACUUGAUGAGGACAGUAAAAGAUUUAAGAGAAUCGGAAUUCGGUUAAAGAAACAGAAGUGUGUGUUCAUGGCCGAAGAAGUUGUUUAUUUGGGAUUUAAAAUAAACAAACACGGAAUCUACCCUCGAAUCUACCCAGUGGAGAGUAAAGUUGAGGCGAUCGAUAAAGCACCAAGUCCGACAAACGUGACAGAAUUGAAAGCUUAUCUUGGAAUGCUGAACUAUUACAAUAGAUUCUUAGCGAAUUUGUCUCACUUGUUAAAGCCGCUACAUGUACUUCUACAGAAAGACACAAAAUGGAGUUUGGAAAAAGAACAGGAAAAAGCAUUCAAAGAGUCCAAACAGCUGUUGAAAUCCUCAUCAGCACUUGUACAUUUCCGAAAAAGAAAUUAA